AUGUACCAGCCCCUUGACCCGAGCCGGCGACAAAUUCGGCUCCUUCAGAUCGUCGACGGUUCCGAGAAUGGCGCAAUCGAAUGCUCAAUGCAGACGGUCGAUUUUGACGACAUUAAUUUUGAGUUUGCCGCGCUGUCCUACGUCUGGGGUGACGAGAGUAUCACCAAGAAUGUGCUACUUGACGGCCAUCAAAGGGCUGUGACUACCAACCUAGAAUCAGCCCUCCGCAACUUCUGGCGCUACUUCGCAAAGAAUGGUGUCAACACCAUCAGACGAGCCAACUUGGUGUCGUCUCUGAUUGAGCAGCCCGGUGGGCUCACCGGCCUCAGGAAAUAUCUAGGCUCAGAGAGCUGCGAUUUGCGCCACGAGAGCGAUGCCGAAGAUGAAAGUGAUACCGAGAAUCGGGAAGACUCUGAAGAUGACGGAGACUCUGAAAAGAACGGGCCCGAAGACGAUGAUGGAGAUGGAAUCGGCAUCAAGGAUCAACUCAUGGUUGAGAGGAUUCUCUGCUCUCACCGGCGGGCGAGGGUUGGCGGCGGCAAUCUGCCCAUUUGGAUCGACGCACUCUGCAUCAACCAAGCCGACUCAGCAGAGAAGAGCAAGCAAAUACCUAUGAUGCGGGACAUCUAUGCAAAGGCGGAAUGUGUUUUCUCCUGGCUCGGCCCACCGGACCAGAGAAAAGUCGACCUUGCCCUGAGCACUAUCCGGAAGCUCGCAGUGCGCCUGCACUCAGACGGGUACUCGCGAUCGGACUUGAACCGCGACCACCCAGAGCUCUGCGAGAUCCAUUACCACCACGUUCCAUUCAACAGGUACUGGGAAGCCAUCUCCAACUUUUCCAACGCCGAGUACUUCGAACGUCUAUGGAUAUUCCAGGAGUUAUGGGCGACGGAUGAUGCCAUCUUUCUCUGUGGCGACGAAUAUCUCCCCAUGAGGUCACUUACCCGUUAUCAUGCCUGGGCCCUCUCACUCACGGAGAGCGGUAUCGACCCUCCGUCCCCCCCCCUUACCAUUCCCAUCUUCGCUCCCAUCACCCAGGUCUACGAGAUGAAGGCCGGGCUGAAAUACGCACCAAUGGGAACCCGCGUGUUCCUCGACAUCGUCCGUCAAUGGCGUUGCAAGAACCCCCGGGACAAGGUCUUUGCUCUCUUUGGCAUAUUCCGCAUGGACCUCACACCAGACUACGACAUGCCCGUGGCCGAAGUGUACACGAAGUGGGCCACGAACUCAUGCCAGGAUCUUCCUCUCGGCUCGCUGCUGUUCUACUCGGGCAUCGGGCUGUACCCAAGGCCAUCAAAUAACCACGGCCUGGCUUCAUGGCAGCCCAAUUUCGAGGUUGUUGGCGAGCAGCUGAGAUCGUUCGACGCCACCUAUGCCUAUCGGUAUCUGGACGUCGAAGUCCCAACCAGGUUUCAACUUACCGUAUCUCCAACCCGAAGCCUCAUUUGCUUUGGUGUCCAGAUCACCAAAAUCACCCAAAUCGCAGCAGCAGCCCCCAAACCGACUUUUGAAUCCCUCACCCCCGUCCGAGACAUCCACGCAAAGCAUUCGCAGCUCCCCACCCGCCAAUCCAUGCUCCCCAUGCUCAGGCACCUCCUGGACAACCGACACCAGCUCUGGGCCCCCGCCUACCACCAAAAGGGGUCACCACUCUGGCAAUUCAUCGAAACAGUCAACGAAUCCGUCGGCGGCGGCUCCCCGCCAACGUCAGACCUCACGCCCGAUCUCCUGCGCGGCUUCUCCCCACACAGGCUGAUCAAAGCAGCCCAGCGCCAGAUCGCAUCGACGACGGACGGACCCGACGACUUCACCACGCAAGAGCUCCAACUCAUGGGCUUCCAGUCCGCGGAGGAACUGCAUGCAUCCCUCGCCGAGCUACCUACAAGUUUGCACGGCCGCCGGCGCACCCGUGGGCAGAACUCACUGCGGGCGAAGCAGAAAGACGCCGUGUCGCAGUUUGUCAGCCGGCUGUGGAUUUUCGCGUUUACCAAGACCCUGUUCCAGACCGAGGACGGGCGGGUGGGGGCCGGGCCACCUGGGGUGGAAGUGGGUGACUUGGUGUACUUGGUUCAUGGGUGCCCGUGUCCGGUGUUGGUGCGUGAGGUGCGGGGGGAGUUCCGCCAUGUGGGGGUGUCGUAUGUUCCGGGGCUGUCGGGGGCUGAGAGUUUCGAGGUGCUUGAUGGUAGGGCGGGUGAGGUCCGGCAAGUUGAGUUGGUUUGA